UUUUAAGUGAAAGCUGAAAUGUAUAAAAAAAAAAAAAAAGAACAAAACAACUGUUCUAUGCAUUGAAUUUCCAUUCUACAACGUGGGAUUGGAGGCUGUAAACAUCCUAAAUAUUGACAGUUCAGUCGGUACUAUUUCGAGUCUAGUGACCUGUUAAGAGUAGCAGAGUGGAUCUAACCUCAGGCCAUUAUGGCGUCAUCAUCGAUCACUUGAAAACUGGAGACCCAGUUCCCAACGCCCAUGCAAUUAAGUCAGCAGUACUGGACAGUGACAUAUCUCUCUCGGAGAGAACAAUGAUGAGCGUCUAUUUGCUAGGACAAGGACCACAGAUAAGUGUAAGUCAAAUUCAUUUUUGCGUUGUUUUGGUCUUUCAUUUUCAUUAUGGUGUGAAACAAUCAUGGUUCUCGUUUUUUUUUCUCUGGCAGGAAAAAAAUGUGACAGAAGAUGGGGGAUUGGAAUUUAUUGGGCAGCAUUUUAGAGGAGGUCCAUAUGCACUCCACCACUGUGGGGAAGAUUUGGCUGACCAUCCUGUUUGUUUUUCGGAUGCUUGUGCUUGGUGUCGCAGCAGAGGAUGUCUGGGAUGAUGAACAAAGUGAAUUUGUUUGCAACACGGAGCAACCUGGCUGCAAGAAUGUUUGCUACGACCAGGCUUUCCCCAUCUCUCUGAUCCGUUAUUGGGUCCUUCAGAUCAUAUUUGUGUCCUCUCCCUCUUUGGUUUACAUGGGCCACGCGUUGUACCAUUUGAGGACCCUUGAGAAGGAGAGGCACCGAAAAAAAGCAUGUCUGAAAGCUGAACUGGAGGCGACGGACCCCGUUCUUGACCAUAAGCGAAUAGAGCGGGAGCUCAGAAAACUAGACGAACAGAAGAAAGUGAGGAAAGCGCCCCUUCAAGGCUCACUGUUGCGAACAUACGUUUUCCAUAUCUUGACCAGAUCUGUAUUAGAAGUGGGUUUUAUUGUAGGUCAGUGUGCUCUGUACGGGAUUGGGAUGUUUUCUCUGUACAAAUGUGAGAGGUUACCUUGCCCCAACAGCGUGGAUUGUUUUGUGUCACGGCCAACUGAGAAGAACAUUUUCAUGGUUUUCAUGUUGGUUAUAUCGGGAGUUUCUUUGUUCCUCAACCUUCUCGAGAUAUUCCAUCUGGGGGUGAGGAAAAUCAAACAGAGUUUGUAUGGUUUUAAAUAUGGAGAUGGUGAGAGUGUGUGCAUGUCAAAGAAGGACUCCAUCAUCCAGCAGGUUUGCAUACUCCCGAAUUCCUCUCCACAAAGACUGGUGCACCUUCCACAAAUGGUCUGCUCAGUUUCGUCCGGCUCCCUUGAAGAAACUCAGCCGUUGAAUCUCACCUCCUUAGCCCCUUUUGUACAGGUGUCUAACACUGUCGACCAGAUUCCUGCACAGACCCACCAGCCAAGCCAAGUGCACAUCCAGCGUCUGGGGCAUCUGAGAGCUACGGAGCGGCAACUCACUCUGGACAUUGGGAUACAGUCAUCUUGUAGUGAUGAUUCAGAUGCACCUCCUACCUCUGGCAUGCUGCAGUAUACUAGCGCUCGACCCACAUUAUUGGCCAGCCACAUGGAGACACCUGCAGCCCAGAGCAAUAAACAACGAGAGAAAAGUGGAAUCUGUGUUUAUAAAGAACUAAGUGACACAGGGGAUUCUCCUGAGAGUGAGCAUUUUUCAACAGCCCGGAAAAGCAGUUUCAUGUCCAGAGUCAUGUCUGAUGGAAGGCUAUCACCCAGUCUAUACUCUUUGAGUGGAACAAGUGCUGAGGCCCCAAACUUCAGCAAGGAAGAGAGUCCUGUGGUGACUCCACCGCCUCCAUCGAGCGGGAGGAGAAUGUCUAUGGUGAGAUUAUAUCAGAAAAGUUUACAUUCAAAGUCACAAUUGAAUCGUUCAAUUUAUACCAGCAAAUAAUCACAACCAGGAGUUCUCAAAACUUUUUGAGUUCUAGAAGCCCUUACAGGUUUUUCCAAACACCCGCUCCUGAUCAUCACACC